AUGCUUCUCAUCGCGAUUUUCUCUCUUACCAUCUUCUAUCAAUUUUCAUUCGGAUUUCCAUCGAACUUCGGACAAAAUGAUGUUGCAGCAAAAGCAACUGAUGAUGGUAAUGCACGAUUUUUGAUUAUCGGUGAUUGGGGUGGUUUACCAUUUGUGCCAUAUAAGACACCAUCCGAAGUAGCAGUAGCAGCUGCUAUGGGUCAUAUCGGUGAAAAAUUCAAUACUAGCUUUCAAUUAGCAUUAGGUGACAAUUUCUACUAUGAUGGUGUUCAAUCAGUUACAGAUCCACGUUUUAAACAUACAUUCGAAGAUGUGUUUACCGCCAAAUCUUUACAAACCCCUUGGUAUGUGUUGGCCGGUAAUCAUGAUCAUCUAGGUAACGUUUCCGCACAGAUCGAAUACAGCAAAGUGUCACAUCGAUGGGUCUAUCCAGAUUAUUUCUAUGCAUUCAGCUUAUGGGAAAGUGACAAAUCGAAAAAAUUGGUCGACUUUGUUAUAAUCGAUACCGUUUUACUAUGUGGAGGAGGAAACUUAACCGAUUGGGAAGAAACAGAAGUAGAUGGUCCAAAGAAUAAUCGCGUUGCCGAAGCCUAUUGGCAAUGGAUUGAAGGACAACUUCGUCAAUCCACUGCCCCAUACUUAAUCGUCAGUGGUCACUUUCCAGUCUAUUCCGUUGCUGAACACGGUCCGACUAAAUGUCUCGUUGACCGUCUUCGUCCUUUACUUCAUCAAUACAAGGCAACAGCCUAUAUCUGUGGUCAUGAUCAUAAUCUUCAACAUUUGGCUGAAGAUUCCGAUGGUUCACAUAUGGAUUAUUUCGUUGUUGGCGCCGGAAAUAUCGUCGAAAAUAGUCAGAAACAUGCUGCUGCUGUUCCUGCCGGUUCACUGAAAUAUUUCUGGGGUACUGGACUUCUCCUUGGUGGUUUUAGCAUGGUUGAAGUCAACAGUUCACAAAUGACCUUGUCAUUAGUUGAACACACACAGAGAACCUUAUAUCAAGCAGUAUUAAAACCGCGAGUUUAA